CAUUGUUUGAUCCUUGCAUAUUCAACUUAAGCAUGAGUUCUCAUGGGAUCCGUCAGUAGCUAAGUUGGUUAAGAAGGGAUGGAAAUCUAAGGUAAGUAGGCUCCUUACUGGCAUGGUGUCGAAGGUGCGCAAUCAACCUGACUACAAUGCUGAAUGGUGUCCUCCUACCGUAAGGGAAGAAAUGAUUCGGAUUAUGGAAGAAGAGGAGAACAAAAAAAAAUCAAAUCAAUGUUCAAAAAAUCGGAAUGGAAACGGUGACCAAAAGAUUCACCAUCGACAAGGAUCCAUAUCUACAGAAGAAGUGAGGCUAAAAUUGGCAAAGAAGUUGGGACGUCCGCCAACUCCAUCAGAGGUUUACUUUGAAACCCAUGCGGAUAGUGGUGGUCGAUUUGUUAAUGCUAAGGCAGAAGCUGUGUGGAAUGACUAUAAAAACAGAAAAGAUGCAAAUCUACAAUGUGAGGUUGAGAAUCGAAGAACAGAUGAUGAGUUGUUCCUUGAGGCUACUGGUGGGUGGAGUGACAAGGGAAGGAUAUUUGGUUUGGGAGCAGCAGCUGACUCUUUCUAUGAGAGACCUGAAGAUAGGAGGACAAAAAAAUCACGAUUAAAUUAUGCAAUGGAACAAAAGAAAGAGCUUGAUGAAACCAAGGAGAACCUUGCUCAAACCCAGGAGAAUCUUGCUGAAACCCAAACAAAACUUGCUGAAACUCAAAAACAAUUGGAGGCUCUUCAUGAACAAGUGCGACUUAUUGUGCAAGCCAACAAUCUUUCGGUCACUCCUCCUACUUCUACAUCAUCUCCUUGAGCUGCACUUAUUUGGUAGAUGGAUGACUGCAAGCGUAAUGGAUUGAAGAUUUCUUUUUGGAUUGAAGAUGGAUUUUUAAUUUGCACAUACAUGCCUACAAAGUCUCAUUGUAUUUCAUUAAGCAUGUUUAGUUAUAUUUUUCUAAAAUAUGCCUUAAGUUAGUAUAUUUUGUAAUUAAUGGUACAAAAUAUUAACCUAAGUUAGUCAGAGGGAGCUGCUUUUGCA